AAGUCUGUUCGUCAGGAUCAGGGUGUGUUUGUGUGGCUCUGGAGGCUAUUUCUAAACUGUUUAAGCUUGUUUUUUCUCAGUGUUGAAAAGACGAAGAGAAAGAUGUCUGGAACACGUACACUCUGCUGCCAUGUCACCACAGCAACCCGAUCAUUUGCCAUCUUGUUUCUGAUAGGUACUGUGCUGAAACUGGUGGACAUCAUUCGAACAGUUUCUUGUGAGAAAGCUCCACACGAUGUGCCCUAUCAUGAAUUUAAGUCUAGCAGGGGCCAGCGUGUCUUUGAUAUCAGCACUAACGUUCUGAUGCUGGUUCUGAUGUCAGUCUCUGGUGUGCUGGUUCUCUUCUCUCACCGCAAGGGUCCAUUGUUUGUGCUGCCUUUUGUGCUGAUGAUGUUUGUGGAUUUGGGUCUGAGCUUUCUCUCCCUGUUUGAUGGAACCUGGGGACUGCCAGGAACCCCCAACUACAAAGAUGUCCUGCUAGCUGCAAAAUAUUAUAGAGGAGUCAACAAGUUGGAUGAGGAGGACUUAGGCCAUUUCACCAUGAUAUACACCGUUCUGUUUAUGCUGAACAUAUUGCUGAAGGUGUACAUCCUUCAAGUGUCAAUGAGGUGUUUUUAUGCCCUGAAGGCAGAAAGGACUGCUGCCAUCAAUGCUGACACUGGAAAUACUGUGACAGUGAAGCUACCUUCCUAUGAUGAGGCUCUUAAGAUUAAAGUGGAAGACACUCCUCCCUCCUAUCAAGAGCCCUGAAAUGAAAGUAUAUUUCAGGCAUGGUUUUAUGAUGCAAAAAACUAGAAACCCUUUCAAGCUUUAUAAGCAGCUUCACCACAAUGAGCACAAAUAUUCAUGCGCAAUCCAACAACCACACACAAAACAUAAACAAGUAUGCCUGUGCUUAAAAUUCUUGCUUUGACACAUAAAAGUUAAAUAAUUAAUUAUUUGUGUUUCUGAUUAUUGUGUCUUCACUGGUAGGAGAAGCAAUUAUGUUGAUGGUAGUUUGCCAUUCGGUUUGUACUGUAAUGACUGUAUGAAAUAUCAAAGUUGUGGUUAUUGUUUAGUCAAAGAUAGGAAGAUUGUUGUUUGGAUUUUUUUUCUUUUAAAAGCUGUUUGUGUAAUAAAAAAAUACAACUAAAUACAUAAUCCUUAG